AUGUCCAGCAACAACACACACCUCUCAGGCAAAGACGCGCAUCUAUACGGCGCCAAGAGCACCGCGCGCAGCAAGCGCAAGGAGAUCAGCAGCUCCAGCACCGUCGCUUUCUCGUCGACCCUCUCCAACCUCAUCAAAGCCUCCUCCAGCAACGAUGCCAACAAGCUUGCGGGUUCCGGCCGCGCGCGCCCGCAGAAAGACGACAUCUUCAAGACGCACAACAAGAACGUGAAGAAGCGCGCACUCGCCGACCUCGACGACACAGACCUCGCCACACAGAAGCAUCGCGGCCGCACGACCGACGAGAAGAGCGAAGAUGCCGCCUCCUGGAAGCGCACGCAGCGGCGCAUGGAGGAGAAAGCGCGCCUCUACGCCGCCCUGAAACGCGGCGACGUCGAAGACAUCAACGACAAAUACGGCGUCGACUUCGACCGCAAAUGGGCCGACACCCAGGGCGCCUCCGGCGCCGCCUCCUCCUCGUCCUCGGAAAGCGACGACGACGAACAAGUCGAAUACGUCGACGAAUUCGGGCGCACACGCACCGGCACGCGCGCCGAAGCCGCCCGCGAACAGCACCGCAAGGCGACCCUCGCCCACGACGCGCCCGACCGCUUCACCGCGCGUCCCAGCAUGCCCGAGCAACUCAUCUUCGGCGACACGGUGCAAACCAACGCCUUCAACCCCGACGAGACGAUUGCGCAGCAGAUGGCCGAUCUGGCCGCCAAGCGCGACAAGGAGCUGACGCCGCCGCCGGAGCUGCAUUUCGACGGGCGGGCCGAGGCGCGCACGCGCGGCACGGGGUUCAUGUACUUUGACCAGGACGAGGAGGAGCGCCGGAAGCAGAUGGCGAACCUGGAGAAGGAGAGGGCGGACACGGAGCGCGUGAGGCGCGAGAGGAAGGAUGCUGUGGAGGCGAGGAAGGAGAUGAUUCGGGAGAAGAGACGUGUAAUGGCGGAGAAGAGGAGCAAGGGGAAGGCAGAGCGGUUUCUUGAUGAUUUGGGCGUGGAGCUGGGGAUGGGCGCAGAGGGCGGGGAGGGGAGUGUUGAUGUAGCUCAGGAGCGUGGUUCGUCGGCAUUCGAGACUGUAUCCAGCACUGCUCUCUCUAUCACCGUCUCCCUUUCCUUGAGCGCACGAUGGAGCUCAGCUCGGUCUGCUCGCUCUCGCAUGUAGUUCAUUGCCAGCUCUGGCACGGCUUCUGAUGAGCUAGUCUCCCUAAAGCUCUGCAUCACUGGCUGUGAAAGGUUCAGUUCUGUAAAUAACUCAAUAUGGCUGAUCAAUCGAAGCUUACGAGUAAUUCCCUCAGCCUUCAGCCACGAGAGGAACCACAACUCCGGAUCCUUGGAACACUGACUCACCGACUGCAGUCAGGUGUUUCCACCGUAAUCCAGCACAUCUGGGCCUCUGCCGGUUGUGUUCAUUGGAACAUUCAAAUAGGCGGAGACAUCUACAAUAGGUGUGCAGCACAAACUGCCCGUUCUUGGACUCGGAUAUAAGUACGAUACAUGAAGCCUACAUGAUAAUAGUCACGUCUUGGUCAGAGAGUUUUGGGCUUGGU